AUGUUUCUCCAAGGAAUGAAUAAUAGGAAGCCAAAAGUUGUCGUUACUAACGGUGACAAUGCCAUGAAGAAUGCCAUAGCACAAGUCUUUCCAGAAUCUAAGAACAGGCUAUGCGGAUGGCAUCUAAUGGAGAACGUAGCGAACAAUGUGAAGGAUAUAAACUUUAAGCGGGACUUCAAGGAAAUUAUGUACGGAUACUACUCCGAACCUGAGUUUCUCGAUAGGUGGCAUUCUUUGAUUCUGGCAUAUGAACUAGAGAACAACUACUGGGCAACAUGUAUGUUUGAAAAAAGGGAGAGCUGGGCUGAAACUUAUCUGCCUGGCAAUUUCUGUGCAGGCAUGCGAACCACUCAAUGUAGCGAGUCGAUGAAUAGAACAAUCAAACAAUUCCUCGACAGUACGAAGUCUCUCACGGACUUUGUAUCUUUGGUUGACCACACCAUUAACAAGCUGCGCCACAAAGAUUUGCAGGAUGACUUCUCCACCCGACACAGUAUUCCUUCUUUGCGACAUGCAGAUAUUCUAAACCCAUACUAUCAACACGCUGCCUCUUUGUUUACGAGAAGAAUUUAUACAAAAAAGGUUUCUCACGAAAUAAAGCUCAUACAUGCAUACACUGUUAGGCAAGUUGAUGAGAUCGAUGGGUAUAUAAAUUUUUCAAUCAUCAAGUUCCCAAACGAAGACUCCGAACACAAUGUUAUACGUCGUAUCUCUGACAGUCAUAUAACGUGCAAUUGCUUACUCUUCGAGACUGAUGGAUAUCUGUGCAGACACAUAUUUUCAGUUCUGAAGUUUCUAAACAUAACCAGAAUUCCAGAUUCGCUUGUUCUGUCCAGGUGGGCUGUUCAUGCAAAGGCCCAAUUCCAAACCAGAUAUCAAAGUAAUAACGAGGUCCCAUAG